AAAAUCAAAAUUAACCAUGGCUUCUUCUACCAAAACUCUACUUCCCCUCUCUCUCCUCUUCACCCUUUUAGCACUUUCACAAGCCACCUACCCUAAUUUCAUUUUAACCCUAGUUAACAACUGUCCUUACACCAUCUGGCCAGCAAUUCAACCCAAUGCCGGUCACCCUGUACUCGAACGCGGUGGAUUUACCCUUCACUCACUUACCCACCGCUCUUUCCCUGCACCCACCGCUCACUGGUCCGGCCGAGUCUGGGCUCGUACUGGCUGCACUUAUGAACACGGCAAAUUUUACUGCGCCACAGGAGACUGCGGCGGCCGAAUCGAGUGCGGUGGACUCGGUGGGGCCCCCCCAGCUACAUUGGCGCAGUUUGUUCUGCAUCAUGGACAUGCUGAUUUUUCUACUUACGGUGUUAGUCUCGUUGAUGGUUUCAAUAUUCCUCUUACGGUAACUCCACAUGAAGGUAAAGGAGUGUGUCCAGUUGUUGGGUGCAAGGAAAAUUUGUCAAAGUCAUGUCCAGCAGUUUUGCAAUUUAGGUCACAUGAUGGUCAUGGCCCUGUUGUUGGUUGUAAGAGUGCUUGUGAAGUUUUUAAAACUGAUGAGUUUUGUUGUAGGAAUCAUUAUAAUAGUCCACAAACUUGUAAGCCAUCGAGUUAUUCACAGUUUUUUAAGCAUGCUUGUCCUGCUACAUUUACAUAUGCUCAUGACAGUCCUUCACUCAUGCACGAAUGCUCGUCUCCGCGUGAACUAAAGGUCAUUUUCUGCCAUUAAAAUGGUGGAGAAAAUUAUGAUCUUGUUUAGGUUGAUUGGGAAAUUUGUAAGGACUAGUAAUGUUAGUAGUAUUGUUGGAGUUGAGGGGGGGUUGGGUUUUAGGUUGUAAUAGAUUUGAAAUUUUAAGUAAUGUUAUCAUGUUGUUAUUUAAGUUUGUUUUAAUUA